AUGGUUUCUCCUGAUGAAGGAUUCAGUUCUGAUGACGAAGUGGAUGUGUCAAAAAAAUCUCUGACGAAAAAAGAGAAACAGGAAUUGGAGCGGCGUCGGUUGAAGAACAAAAAGAAGAAGUUAUCAAAACGACGACGUGGAGGAGUGGAAGAUAGUGAGGUCAUCAAUGAUGCGGAGACUCUGGAAGUGGAGAUCGACUAUGUCGGGGAAGCACCAAAAUUGGACGAGAAUGAUCCCAAUUACCAGUAUUUCAAUGCAAUUUUCAAUGCUUUUAAGAUUGAACCAAACCCAGAUGGCACUGAGGGUGAAGAUGGAGCUGUUUCUUCUGGAAAGGACCACAAAAAGGAUGAAGAAAACAAUCGCGCAUCCAUAUCUGAGAAAAUUUUACAAGAAGAAAUUAAUGAUAAAUUGAAUGAUCCUAAUGAUCCUGAAAAGAUGUCCAGAAGAAAGCUCCGUUUGGCCAUGCAACCAAGUAUUGCUAAAUUGAAGGAGUCUACCCGCCGUCCUGACGUCGUUGAAUGGGCAGAUGUAACGUCGCGGGACCCAUUUAUACUUGUUGCGCUGAAAUCCUAUCGCAAUACUGUGCCGGUUCCCCGUCAUUGGAACGCCAAGCGA